AUGCCCUCAGAGAACCAUCUACUGCGCGCACUGCACGAGUGCUACGCGGAGAAGAACGGGACGCAGCGCUUCAUCAUGAGAUGCAUCUUCAACCGCGAGGAGUUCAUGCGCUUCGACAGCGCGGUGGGCGAGUUCCGCGCGCUCACCCCCAUGGGGCGACCGUGGGCCGAGUCCUGGAACAAGCAGAAGGACUACAUGGAGCGGCGGAGGUCCGAGGUGGACACGGUGUGCAGACACAACUACGAGCUGAACCAGGGCUUCACGGUGAAACGGAGAGUCAAGCCUAAGGUACAUGUGUCACCCUCCAAGAAGGUCACCCUGAAGCAGCAUAACCUGCUGGUCUGCCACGUGACAGAUUUCUACCCAGGCAGCAUUCAAGUCCGCUGGUUCCAAAACAGCCAGGAGGAAACUGCUGGGGUCGUGUUCACCGACCUCAUCCGAAACGGGGACUGGACCUUCCAGAUUCUGGUCAUGCUGGAGAUAACUCCACAGCGGGGAGACGUGUACACCUGCCAUGUGGAGCACCCCAGCCUGGAGAGCCCCAUCACAGUAGAGUGGGGGGCAGAUUCUGACUCUGCCCGAAACAAGAUGCUGACCGGGGCAGUCGGCCUGGUGCUGGGACUCAUCUUCCUGACAGUGGGCACCAUCAAGCAUAUGAGGAGCAAGCUGGCUCAGCCGAGAUCUCCAGGAUCUAGAUGAGCAGGUUGCACCUCCCAUUGUCUCCACCAGCUCCCAACAGUCCAGAACUACAAAUUCAUCAACAGAGACUAGAGAGAUGGCGCAUCCGUGAUGUGUGCACUUGCUAACGUUCCCGAGGUCCCCAGGUCAGUUCCCAGUAUCCAUGUCUGACGUCUUCCAGCUGCCUCUAACUCCAGCUCCAAGGGAUCUGAAGCACUCUUCUGUCCUCCGUGCACACGCAUGUACACAUAAAUACAAAU